GGAAGAACACCCACUCGUAGUUCUUGGCGGAUUUUCCUAUCGUUUUUUUUUCAGCAUUUAUUUCGAUUCUUUUGUGGAUUCAGUCCUCCAUCAAGUCUUAAAAGGGAUGAAAUCCCAGAGUGGAGGGUUUCUUUUUCCUCUGGCUCUUCCCCGCUUCCUUUCUGGAUCUCUUUGUACUCCCGUUCCCGAUUCCCCUGCUGAGAUUAGUCUGUUGAUCGGAGAAUGGAGUUGCUCCACCGGAGGGUGUAGAUUAGAGUCGAGAUCGGUGAUCGCAGUUUGUUCUGUUUCCUGAAAAUCAAUUUAAGCAGAAUGUGCAAUUCAGCCCUUUUACUUUACUUCUUGUGGCAUAUCAGCCCUCAACUUAGAAGUAGUGCAAAUCAGCCCUACUACUAAUUAAAUCCCGCAUAUCAAUCCUUGUGUUAAGGAUGACGUCAUCUUUCCGUCUGCC